CACAAAACCCGGAGGGGAACACGAGAUCGCUGAGUCCACUGACACUGCGUUUCUCUCCAGGAGGCUGGGGGAUCUGCAAGAGAGCCAGGAGGAAGCACCAGCAUUUCCAUCCUGGGCAGUCUUUCUCGGAAGAUGCAGCCACUCCUGCUCCUGGUGGCCUUUCUCCUGACCCCCAGGGCAAAGGCAGGGGAGAUCAUCGGGGGCCAUGAAGCCAAGCCCCACUCCCGCCCCUACAUGGCCUAUCUUCAGUACUGGAAUCAGGAUGUCCAGAGUCAGUGUGGUGGGUUCCUGGUUCGAGAGGACUUCGUGCUGACAGCCGCUCACUGCCACGGAAGCUCAAUGAACGUCACCCUGGGGGCCCACAACAUCAAACAGCAGGAGAGGACCCAGCAGGUCAUCAGGGUGAGAAGAGCCAUCUGCCACCCAGACUAUAAUCCUAAAAACUUCUCCAACGACAUCAUGUUAUUAAAGCUGGAGAGAAAGGCCAAGCAGACAUCAGCUGUGAAGCCCCUUAGGCUGCCCAGGGCCAAGGCCCGGGUGAAGCCAGGCCAGGUGUGCAGCGUGGCCGGCUGGGGGAGGGACUCCACGGGUAGCUACGCUGACACGCUGCAGGAGGUAAAGCUGACCGUGCAGGAGGACCAAAGGUGUGAGGCCUACUUACGCAACUAUUAUAACCGCGCCAACCAGCUGUGUGUGGGGGACCCAAAGACAAAGAAAGCUACCUUUAAGGGGGACUCCGGAGGCCCUCUCGUGUGUGACAAUGUGGCCCAGGGCAUUGUCUCUUAUGGACAAAAAGAUGGAUCAACUCCACGGGCCUUCACCAAAGUCUCAAGUUUCCUGCCCUGGAUAAAGAAAACCAUGAAAAGCCUCUGACUGCAGGAACCAGACCAUCUUCCCUGGGGCUAAUCCAGAAUCACACUGUGGGGUUGGAGGUGCCCAUAGCUCAAUAAAUGUCUCUCAGCAGAGCUCGAA